AUGUCGCCCCUCUCAGAGCUGUUCAAGUACAUUGACGAGAACCAGGAUCGCUAUGUCAAGAAGCUUGCAGAAUGGGUGUCUAUCCAGAGCGUGUCCGCGUGGCCCGAGAAGCGAAGCGAGAUCCGCAGGAUGAUGGAAGUGGCAGCUGCGGACAUCACCCAGCUGGGCGGCUCUGUGGAGCUGGUAGACAUCGGGAAGCAGACGCUCCCUGACGGCUCUGAGAUCCCCCUUCCUCCUGUGCUGUUGGGCACGCUGGGCUCUGACCCCAAGAAGAAGACUGUGUGCAUCUACGGGCACCUAGAUGUCCAGCCUGCCGCCCUGGAGGACGGCUGGGACAGUGAGCCCUUCACCCUGGAGGAGCGAGACGGGAAGCUAUAUGGGAGAGGCUCCACAGACGACAAGGGACCAGUGGCCGGCUGGAUGAAUGCACUGGAAGCCUUCCAGAAGACAAACCAGGAGAUCCCGGUCAACGUGCGCUUCUGCCUGGAGGGCAUGGAGGAGUCAGGCUCAGAAGGCCUGGACCAGCUCAUCUUCAGCCGCAAGGACACCUUCUUCAAGGACGUGGACUAUGUCUGCAUCUCCGACAACUACUGGCUGGGGAAGAAGAAGCCUUGUGUCACCUACGGCCUCCGAGGCAUCUGCUACUUCUUCAUUGAGGUGGAGUGCAGUGACAAGGAUCUCCAUUCGGGCGUGUACGGGGGCUCAGUGCAUGAGGCCAUGACCGACCUCAUCAGCCUGAUGGGCUGUCUCGUGGACCAGAAGGGGAAGAUCCUUAUCCCCGACAUCAACGAGGCGGUGGCGCCCGUGACGGACGAGGAGCUGGGGCUGUAUGAGGACAUUGACUUUGACGUGGAGGAGUACGCCAAGGAUGUUGGAGCUGAGACCCUCCUGCACAGCUGCAAGAGAGACGUCCUGAUGCAUCGCUGGAGGUACCCAUCCCUGUCCCUCCAUGGCAUCGAGGGUGCCUUCUCGGGGUCUGGAGCAAAAACCGUCAUCCCCCGGAAGGUGGUGGGCAAGUUCUCCAUCCGGUUGGUGCCACACAUGACGCCGGAGGUGGUCAGCCAGCAGGUAACCAGCUACCUGACCCAGAAGUUCACUGACCUGCAGAGCCCCAACAAGUUCAAGGUGUACAUGGGCCACGGCGGGAAGCCCUGGGUGUCGGACUUCAACCACCCGCACUACCUGGCUGGGAGGCGGGCCCUGAAGACAGUGUUUGGCGUGGAGCCGGACCUGACUCGGGAAGGUGGCAGCAUCCCCGUGACCCUGACGUUCCAGGAGGCCACCGGCAAGAAUGUCAUGCUGCUGCCUGUGGGCUCUGCUGACGACGGGGCUCACUCUCAGAAUGAGAAGCUCAACAGGCGCAACUACAUUGAAGGAACAAAGAUGCUGGGCGCCUACCUGUACGAAGUGUCCCAGCUGGGGGACUGA